AAAAAGUAAGCUGACUCUUUCGCUCAGGCCCAUGGCGCCGACAGGAUGGGCAAGUGUCGUGGACUUCGUACUGCUAGGAAGCUCCGUAGUCACCGACGAGACCAGAAGUGGCAUGAUAAACAGUAUAAGAAAGCUCAUUUGGGCACAGCCCUAAAGGCCAACCCUUUUGGAGGUGCUUCUCAUGCAAAAGGAAUCGUGUUGGAAAAAGUAGGAGUUGAAGCCAAACAGCCAAAUUCUGCCAUUAGGAAGUGUGUAAGGGUCCAGCUGAUCAAGAAUGGCAAGAAAAUCACAGCCUUUGUACCCAACGACGGUUGCUUGAACUUUAUUGAGCAAAAUGAUGAAGUUCUGGUUGCUGGAUUUGGUCGCAAAGGUCAUGCUGUUGGUGAUAUUCCUGGAGUCCGCUUUAAGGUUGUCAAAGUAGCCAAUGUUUCUCUUUUGGCCCUACACAAAGGCAAGAAGGAAAGACCAAGAUCAUAAAUAUUAAUGGUGAAAACAUUGUAGUAAUAAAUUUUCAUAUGCCAAAAAAAAAAAAAAAA